GCAGAGCGGGAAAGUCUGACUCGACCGCGGCCCGCCUGCCCGGGGAGCGCCGCAGCGAUGGAGGAGACGGAGGCGGAGGAGGAGCGGCAGUUCUCUCAUCGGCAGAGGCUAAAGGCAGCAGUUCACUACACAGUCGGCCAUCUGUGCAAUGAAGUGGCCUUGGACAAACAGGUGCAGUUCAACAAGCAGACCGUGGCAGCCAUCGCGGAGGUGACUUUCCGACAGUGCGAAAAUUUUGCCAAAGACCUUGAGAUGUUUGCCAGACACGCGAAAAGAAGCACAGUUACCACUGAGGACGUGAAGCUCUUAGCCAGGCGGAGUAAUUCACUGCUAAAAUACAUCACAGAGAAAAACGAAGAGAUUGCUCAGCUCAACCUAGAGCGAAAGGCCAAGAAGAAAAGGAAGCCAGAGGAUGAGAGCAGUAACUCCACGGAUCCCGCUGCCGAAGUGGUGGACACUGAGACUUGAGUCCUGGCCACGUGGGACCCAGUGGCCUUCAGCACGCGCAAGUGUGCCCACCACCAAGGGCAGUCAGAGGGAUAAGUAGAGGCGUCUAAAAGAAACACGUGGCUGGGCAGUUUUUCAUGCUGCCAGUUUCAAGACAUCUGAGGGCAGCUUGGAAGAACCAGGCGCUCCUCGCCUGCAGAGUGUCCACGUGCCAUCCCUGGCACGGGCGAGGCUGGCGUCUGGAUGGCACACUGACGUGCUGAGGCUGAUGGCUCAUGUUAGCAGUUAGACAUGCUGGGUUUGGGGUGAGCCGUCCUUCACUGCCUACUUUCUAGGCCGAGUGACAGUCUCUGAACAGUGAAUAAAGCUGUUUCCUUAGCUCUGGCUGCUAAGGUUCUUUCAGACCCGUGGCCCCUUGAUCAUCUGUGAAAGAUGGUGCUGGGGAUGGGAUUUCUCGUUCCUUAGCGCACCUUUGUAAUGAAGCCUUGGCUUUGCUGAGCAGAGGUCGCUUGAGGGGGAGUCUGGAGCUCCAGUGUGAAAUAGUGGUGCAGGGGGCCGCAUAGACUUCAGGGCCCACUCUUUCCCUUAUACAGUGGUAGGGUCCAAAGGGUGGCCUAGGGCCGGCAAGGUAGCUCAGUGAGUGAGACAUUUGUCAAGCAUGGUGACCGAGUUUAAUCCCAUGCUGGAGGAGAAAACUGAUUCCCAGAAGUUGAGAAGGGACGAGAUCUUUCAGAAGGCGCCUUCCGGCCUUCAGUUUGCUUUAGGUAUGAGCCUUCCUUGGGUCCUGGUGGUCUCUAGUGGCCUGAGAGGGGUUUCAGGUCUGGGCAG